AUGAUCUUCUGUUAUGUGGACCACUUAGGAGCAUGCCAGAACUCGCUAGAUGGGAUCUCCAGAGUAAUGCUCGUGUGCUUGCCCUGCGGAACUGAGCUCAAUGACAGGGGACAACGUAGCAGAGGGGAAAUUGGACCACCCAUUGAUCUCCUCAGGUUUUCUUCCAUUAGAUUGUCCAUCAUGAAAUUCGCUCUGUUUCUGGGCUUUGUGAUGGUAUGUAUUCUGGCUGUAACCUCAGGCCACACGUUUGAUUCCAGACUGGAUGAAGACUGGAAAAACUGGAAAUCACAACAUGAAAAGCAGUACACCGAGGAUGAAGAGAACUACAAGAGAAUGGUAUGGGAGGACAACAUGAGAUACAUUGAACAACAUAACCUGGAGUACCCAAUGGGGAAACACACAUUCACUGUGGGAAUGAAUGAGUAUGGAGAUCUGAUGUGUACAAAAUGUAUCAUCUGGGCUCUACUAGAUGCUGAAUUUUGUGGUGCUGUUACUAAAUGA